UCUACGUUCACACGAUACGCACAGCCUGUGUGUGUGGCGCGUGUGAUAACCGGCUUGAAGUUAGCGAGGUUAUGUGCUCGUUUUUGGUCGCUCAACGAUGCGGAGUGUCCGAAAUUAAUGAUAAGCUAGUAAUAAUUGGCGAGUAAAAGAAAAGGCAGUGCGACGUGCAUACCUGUAUCUCUUUGCAAAAGUGAAACGUAAGAAAAAACGGAAAGAUGCCAACCUGGAACCAGAUUCAGUCCCAGCUUCGCAACCCGAACAACCCGGUUGUCUUCUUCGACGUCUCCGUCGGCACGACGGAAAUCGGACGAAUGAUAUUUGAGCUCUUCGAGGAUGUUUGUCCGAAGACGUCGGAGAAUUUCCGACAGUUCUGCACCGGGGAGUACAGGAGAGACGGGGUGCCGCUCGGAUUCAAGGGUGCAAUUUUUCAUCGGGUAAUUAAAGACUUCAUGAUCCAGGGCGGAGACUUUGUCAAUGGCGACGGUACCGGGGUGCUCAGCAUAUACGGGGGAAGCACAUUUCCCGACGAGAAUUUCAUCCUCAAACACGACUCGUCGGGCUUGUUGUCGAUGGCCAACAGCGGCAAGGACACCAACGGUUGUCAGUUCUUCAUCACCUGUGCCAAGUGCAAUUUUUUGGAUGGUAAACACGUCGUGUUUGGCAGAGUUAUCGACGGACUUUUGGUCAUGAGAAAAGUUGAGAAUGUGCCUACGGGACCGAACAAUAAGCCUAAGAUACCAGUCACCAUAUCGCAGUGUGGUCAAAUCUGAGCUUUUCCUCAUUCAAUGUUACGACGCCGACGCUUUACCUAAUUUCGCAUUUCGUUUCUUGGCGAUCAAGAUCACCACGCAAAAAGGCACAUGGUAUGGUCUAGAACCUCGGUUAAACCUAAUAAUUAAAGGUAUCUAUCUUUUACUUUAAUUAACCUUCAGAUCCAGCCAGAGCACAAAUUCUUUCCAUCGUUUCUCUGUGGCUAGAUAAUAACAGUCUGAAUAUAUUUUGGGAGCGACGAAUGAAAAGUAAGGUUCUUUUUCUAUUUACAAUCAAUCAGAUAUUUAUUUUAUGCAAUAAUAUACAUGAUGAAUUAAACGAACACUCGUUAAAUAUAGUUAAUUCUAUUACUUAAACAACUAGUAAUCUCAUCCCAAACCAUCGCAACCGCAUUGUCAUUAUUUAACUAUGAUUGCAUCGGUUGGGCAAGGUUGAUGCGACGAAGGUUGGGAGGUAUCGUUGAUUUAUUUUUCGACUCGAUUACGAUUCUCAAGUGUUAAAAGUUUUUACAAUUAAUUUUAAAAUAACUAAUUGUUCCAGCGAAAACUAAUUGUCCUUGUACAUCUUAAAAUGAGGAAAUAUCCAAGUUGCCACUUAUGAUGCACAGUGUCUCGUCAGACACUUGAUUUGUGUUCUCUGACAAAUCGUAAAAAAUCAAUUAAAUAACUAAUAAGAUGAAAAACAUCCGCUCUUAUCCACCGGCAGGCAUUAUCUCUAGCAGU